AUGAUGAAGCUGUGAGUGUGCAUGCGCUUGCUAGGGACGAACCUGGCGCGUGCAUGCCCUGGUCGCGCGCGCGUGCGCGGGGCGUUACUCUGACACAUCCGCUAUGCGCGCCCAUGCCCAUGCCCACGCCCACGCCCACGCCCGCGCCCACGCACCAGGCUGAUGAGCGAUCAUGAAGUCACGCUGGUCAAUGAUUCGAUGCAAGAGUUCUUUGUCAGGUUUCAUGGGCCUGAUGAGAGUGAGUUGUGACUUUUAUCAGCUGCGACGAGCGGUGCGACGGCUGGGCUGACGGUGCACUGCACUUGCGACUGCUCACACGCGCUACUCCUCACUUUGCAGCACCAUUCGCCGGAGGAGUGUGGAAGAUUCACGUGGAGCUGCAAGACCAGUAUCCCUACAAGUCUCCUUCGAUCGGUGAGGGAGCUGCGUGCGUUGCAGCUGCCAAUGCAGGAUGGCGAUCGCUCACACUGCAACGCGCACAUCCAUCCCUCGACAGGCUUUAUGAACAAGAUCUUUCAUCCCAACAUCGACGAGCUGUCUGGAUCGGUGUGCUUGGACGUCAUCAACCAGACUUGGUCUCCCAUGUUCGACAUGGUCAACAUCUUUGAAGUCUUUUUGCCACAGCUGUUGAGGUAUCCCAACCCUACGGACCCUUUGAACGGCGAGGCGGCAGCGCUGCUCAUGCGAGAACCAAAGACGUACGAGAGCAAGGUGAAGGAGUAUGUGGCGAGGUAUGCUACCAAGGAAGCAGCGGACGAUGCGUUUGGCAAUGCGGGAGAGGAGGAGGAGGAGGAGGAGGAGGAUGAGGAGAUGAGCGAUGCUGGCAGUUUUGAUGAGGAGGAAGAGGAGCCUACUGGGGAGAUGGAUCUUUGA